CUACACUAGAAGGUAUCUAGUCCUGGCUAUUGCUUGCUUUGAUACAAGCAACUACAUACUCCUAACCGAAACCUCGGGUCUCACUUCGCCCUCAGUUGUGUGCUUCACGCCCCGCAUCAGCACUAAUCAAGAUUACAAUCAGCAUCAUGUCUCGCGGUGUCUGUCUUCGACUCUCUAUCAACAUCGUGUGCUUGCGACCUACAGUCCCCAGCCUCAGAUCAUCGUCUCUUGCUUUCUGACUACCUACCAUAGUUCCUAGAAGCAUGUCUUCCAACAAGCCCAACCCCAUCAUGCAGGCUCUUGCUGCCGCUUUCUCUACAAAGAUACAGAAACGUGAAGACGCCUUCUACGAGCCGAGACAACAGAGUUACUAUUGCGUCUCGCCAGAUGAUGACUGGGUAGCAGCGGAAUCUGGUGAAUCUCCUCCGAAAGAUGAAUCACAACCACCUGUACACCCCACAAAGAUCCGACUGAUCUCCUGGAACAUUGACAUCCUCGUUCCAUUUGCAGAGGAACGGAUGAGUGCCGCGCUAGAUCAUUUGUAUGAUGUGGUAUCAUCGACGGAGCCGGAGUCCGCAAUCAUCAUAUUCUUCCAAGAGAUGGGAGUGUCGGACAUGGAACAAAUACGAGAUUCGGCCUGGGUCAAGCAACGCUUCAACCUCACAGAUAUCGACUCACGGAACUGGUUAAGUCCUCAUUACGGGACUACAACCCUUUUAGAUCGGCGACUGUAUAUAGAUUCUGUUUUCCGCGUUCCCUGGUAUAGCAAAUUCGAUCGAGAUGGCCUGUUCGUCGACAUCGUCCUUCACAACCAGGCUCAUCCCGACGGCCUGCAGAAAACCAUGCGGCUAUGUAACACACAUCUGGAAUCUCUGGUUGCCGACCCACCAGUCCGCCCCAUCCAAAUGACAGCCGCGAAGCAGUACCUUCAUCACGAUAGUGUUUCAAGCGCAAUUCUAGCUGGUGAUCUCAACGCCAUUCAGCCCUUUGAUCGUACGCUGCAUGAAGACAAUAAUCUUAACGAUGCCUAUCUUCUAAUUGGCGGCGAAGGAGCCGGCCCUGGUGAAGAGGACAGUGACAAUGGGUACACAUGGGGUUACCAGGUUCCACAGGCCAUGAGAGACAGAUUUGGAUGCAGUAGAAUGGACAAGAUCCUUUUUACCGGAUCUCUAAGUCCAAUCAAGUUUCAAAGGAUUGGCAUGGGCGUCAAAGCAGCAGAAGAGCAUAGACAAAUGAUGACGGAGGCUGGAGAGCUGGAUUGGGUUUCGGAUCAUUACGGCGUGAUGUGUGACUUCGUUCUCACUGCAGGUGGGCAGUUGGUGGAACAAGAACACGAAGGAGAAUAAAGUGACGAGGUUGGUCAUGUGUUCAAAGUGGUCUAGGCUUGCAGUCAUGAAGCAGCAAUAGGAGAG